ACGAUGAUAGAGUGCGUAACGCGUAUGUCAAAAUAAAACCUUAGUUAAUUUCAGUCUCUCCCUCUCUCAAUUUCUUUUGCGCUCGAAAAGUAACCCUAAUUUUAAUUUCACGCCAAAAUCCCUCUUUCGAUCAAACAAAACCCUAAAUUUCCAAUUCAAGUCCUUCGAAAUCGAGGGAGAGCUCAACUGAGGUCUUCAAUGUGACAUGACUUGAAAUUAUUGAAGAUUCUGAACGAAACCCUAAAAAAAGAAAAUGGACGCCAAGGACAUCUUGGGACUGCCAAAAACUCCAUUGCCACUAACACAAGAGAAGAAAUCCCAACCUAAAAAAGACUCGCAGAGAAAACCUGAUGGCAUUUCGCGUGAGGUUUAUGCACUUACAGGUGGAUUGGCUCCUCUUAUGCCAUCGAUUGACGUGUCGCAACUGAAACGACGCCCUCCAUCCGACGAGAAGAUCACUUGGCAGUGGCUUCCUUUUACAAGUUCUGCUCGGAAGGAUAAUCUACAGCUUUACCAUUGGGUUAGAGUUGUGAAUGGUGUUCCACCCACAGGUGAUUAUUCCUUUGCCAAGUACAACAAGUCUGUUGAUGUUGUGAAAUAUACAGAGGAGGAAUAUGAAAAGUAUUUGACUGAUCCUAUGUGGACCAAAGAAGAGACAGAUCAAUUGUUUGACUUGUGUGAACGAUUUGAUCUCCGCUUUGUAGUGAUAGCAGACCGAUUCACGUCAUCUCGCAGUGUUGAGGAAUUGAAAGAUCGUUAUUACAAUGUUUCUCGAGCUAUGUUGAUUGCUAGAGCUCCAUCACCUGGGGAUGUUUCAGGGCACCCUCUGGUUAAGGAACCUUACAACGGUUCACAAGAGACAGAACGCAAGCGAGCAUUGUCCUUGGUCCUCUCGCAAACAAAGCAUCAAGAGCGAAAAGACACUCAGGUUUUGGCUGAAGCAAAGAAAAUAGUUGAGUCGCGCAUAACUGCACUGGGUACUGAAGAAUCUGCAUUGCCUGUUGCAUCAAACGUUGACCCUGAUAUUGCUGAGAUAGCAGUUAAUCUUGAUGAUUCUGCAUCACCUUCAUCUAAUGGUCAGCUUGCCUCUGCAUCAGUUGCACCUUCAACUUCCGCAAUGGCAGAUAAUGCUUCUACUCUAGCUUCCCUGCGUAUGCUUCGUGUUUACCUGAGAACAUAUGGGCUCGAGCAAAUGGUGCAAGCUGCAAGUUCAUCUGCAGGGCUUAGGACAAUCAAGAGGGUUGAACAAACAUUACAAGAUCUUGGGGUUAGUUUAAAACCAAAGGUGCCAACCAAAGCUGUUUGUUCUGAGCACCUUGAAUUAAGAAAGGAAAUAUUGACAUUGCUGAAUCUUCAAAAACAGUUACAAUACAAGGAGGCAGAAGGUUCAUCUUUUCGCGAUGGUUCAUACACUGAUAUGCCAGGCUCACCUAAGCGGUCACAGCGUGAUCAGGAUCGCACAUUUAUUCCGGACUCAAUGAGUUUUGGAGGAGAAAGAGUUGGCAGAAGGGACCAGAAACGCAAGGGACCUGGAAGGGUAUCUGAGAAUCCAUCUUCACCUGCUCAUAAAAGGCCCAGAAAAUUGAAGGCUUCUGAUCUAUGAUUUUAGAGGUUCACCAAACCCACUGUCCUGGCCUGACAAAGUUCUCAAGCACGGAAUCCAAUUAAAGAGACUCCAAAAGGAUGUGGGAAUCAUGAGUUGUGAACCUCCAUUUUAGUAAUUUAACUAUGUCCAAGAUGGAAUGCAGCUAGUCAUAUGCAGAGGCACAAUCUGCGAGCAUCCCAUUUUAGGAAUUUUAAGUUAUGUUAAUAAUGUAAUCAGAUUCCCGGAUGGGAUAUAGUUGCAGGUCAGAAAAGUCUUUACCUUCCUGUCCUUUUCUCGUGCCAACUCGACCUCCAAAUAGCUUUGGUACAGAGGCCAUUGCCACAAACUAAAAACCUCAAGCAAGGCAGCUCUGGUCAGCAAAGACUGACCCUUUUGAAUGAUGAUAACAGUUCUUCCUUAUCUGAAGAGUUUCCUUUUCUAGUGACUAAGGAAUUCUAGACUGGUUUUGUACAAAUGGUUUUUGUUUGGAGGGUUAAUGUCUUUCUUACUUUCGUGAACUAGAAUCUCAUGUGACAUUAUGUAAAUGCUAUCCUGUCUAAGAAUAUAAAUCAUGGUUUUAACUGAAAAA